AAUUCAUUCGUUAGUAGUCUGCCUGGUGUGUGGCCACGUUUAAGAGUAAACUACGGACGCGUUCUCUAUUUCAAAUCAAAGCUCCCCCCUCACUUAACAACAAUAAUAAAGCAAGAAGAAUAAUUUUAAAUAAUAAUAAAUAAAAUAGUUGUACCCACAACAACAACAACAACAGCAACAAAGUUGAAGAAGAAGAAGAAAAAAUAGAAAACAAAAAGCAGGCUUCAAACAAGGCAAAUUUCAAGAGUGAAUAUUAAAAAAAAAAAAUUAAAUAAAAAAACGGGAAAAAUUAUUAAGACCGGAAAAUUUGAAAAUCGGAAAAAUUAAGCCUCGAAAUCUCUUUGCAAUCAAAACGGUUUACAAACUUAAAUUUUCGCUAUUAACGUUCAUAUAACGGUUCUGCAAUAAACGCGCUUCGCUUGCAACUCCAUUUGUUUUCGUUUUGCGGUCCACCAUGUCGCUAAGUUGCUUUUGCCGCUUGAAUUUGCGGUGUUAGCUCGCUUGCUGGCUGUUUGUUGAUUGCUGUUGUGAUGGACUAAAUGUGGCCAAUUAAAAUGUUUAUGAUUACGAAUCUCCAUUUGGAUUCGUGGAAAUCACAGGAUGUACAAUUGGCCCAUUGUUGUACGAUGUCCAUUUAAAUAAAAUGACAAUUUAUGCUGAAAGGCACGAAAACCAUUAGAUGUCCAUCUAUUAGAAUAUUUAGCGGAGAAUGGCAAAGCCAACAGGGAAAAAUGAUAAAAAUCAACUCAAGCACCGGCAGCAGAAGUCGCCUUCUCAUCAGCGUCAGCAACAACGACAACAACAGCAACAACAAUUAAGGAAAAGAACUAAAAUUAAUUUAUAAAAAAAGCAAAAAAAAAGACAAAAACUCAGACACACAAAAAUAAAUUUAAACCACAAAGGAAGCAAAAAAUAGAAACAAAUUGAAAACUAGCGACAACUAACCAAAAAACGAAUGAAGAGCAAAAAAAAGCAAUUCAACUAAAAGUACAACGAUUUUCAGAGUGAAAUAGAAUUUCCUUGUGUUUCCACACCAACACAAGGCAACCAACUGACUGGCUGGCUGGCUGUUUGUCUGUCUGUCUGUCUGUGGGUCCACCACGAACAUCAUCACCACCAUCAACAGCGCCAACGCCACGGGAUGUCGGGCAAUGUGACCGCGACCUCGACCAUCACAGAAAUGAGGGAAAUUUCUCCAAUCGUCGGCAAAGGCAAUAGCAGAAAUAACCACAGCAUCAUCAGCAUCACCACAAAAAACGCCAAACCAACCCGCGUCGCCUCUAACGCCGCCGCCAGCACUAAGAAAUAAUCAAAAUUUUUUGAAAAAAUAAACCAAAGAAGAAAAAUAUUCAAAAAUAAGAGGAAGCAAAUAUUAAUAUAGUAUGCAAAACAAAUAAAAUAUCGAAAACAAGCAAAACAAAUUUCAAAAAAAAAAAAAAAGUGGAAAUAAAACUAAAAAAUACCAACGCCAGAGAGACAACUUUUGGUCAACAGGCCAACAGCAAGCAACGAAAAUUGAAAGAAAAUUUUUAAAGCGUUUUUUUUUUCUUUCUUCUCGGACUUCUGGGGCGUUGAACAUUUAUUGUUUUCAACUCAUCAGCGUCCUCCUCGCCAUCAUCAUAAACAUCAUAAUCGCCGUGAUCAUGAUCAUUGUCGUCGUUUUGGAAAAUUAAGACUUUGAAUAAAAAUAUUUUGAAAUCGAGUCCUCAGUCGUCGUUAAGCAUAAAAAAGAUCAACGCGCGCGUGUGUUCAAUGUUGAAAAUUCCCAAUAGCAAACAAAAAAAGAAAUAAAUACGAAAAAAAUCAUAACAACGUGUUUUUCGAAAGGGACUAUUAAGAAUAAAUUGCACCCUUCCCCCCUCCCACCCCCUUCUCCCUUAAAGUGAGGAGAAAAAAUUCACAACGACAACAAGUGAAAGUGAAAAAAAAUGUGAAUUUUCCGCAAAACAAAAGUUACCAAGCGAAAGAAAAAAAAAUAUUUAACAGCAAUAACAAAAAAAUCUAAAAAAUAUUAAAAAAUUAAGACAAAAAAAAAUUAUUUUAAAAAUAUUUUGUUUUUGAUUAGAAAAAUUGCAAUCAAAAUUGUCCAGUCAUCCAAAGAAAAGUGUUUGUAAUGUCUACAAAAACUGCAAUUGCAAGUGCAUCUACAACCACCAACGCCAGCUACACCAAAGCAUCAGCAACACCCAACAAGACUGCGUCAGCAACGGCAAUAACAUCACAUGAGCAUGAUGCAAGGCCCCUAAGUGCAGCCGAUAAGGCUGGAACAGGCGCCAACGACUCAAGUGCCAGUGGCAAGGCAGCCACCACCAUCGCCACCACCACCACCACCACCUUCAAUAGCAACACCGCCAGCAAAGUACUCAAGGAAAAUGUUUUACAUCGAAUACGGCGGCACCGCAACAGAAGGUUGUGCCCAAACACCAAAGACUUGGCGGCCAUCAAGACAAUGCCUCCAGCAGCAGCCUCAGCAUCAACAUCAGCAUCGCAUAGUUGUGGAUGGUCGGCUACCAGCCCUCACUGCCUUUCAUCGGCAACAGCUCCUACGCCUACGUCGAGGAUAUCGUCCUCCCACUCUGCCCUUACCACCACUCAUCUAAGUACAACCACCCUAGGCACUGCUCUUGCUGCUGCCUUUUGGCAUGCAACAAAUAGCAUCAGCCUUGCCGCUGCUGCCACCAUUGCUGGUGGUGGCCCUGCCCUGCAUUCAUCCCAUAACCAUCAUAAAGCAUCACAUCAACACCCACUACCACCACCUGCCCCAGCGUUAAAUGAAUUUCUAGCCUAUGACAUGGAUACCGGUCUGCACAGCAUGUCAUUGGUCGAAGGCGGUUCGUCGUUGGGUCAACAGCAGCAGCAACUGGAAGAGAUAUCCGCAAAUGCCACCACAACUGCCGUUCAAUAUUUGCAUAAUGCAGCUGCCACUGCCACCUCUGCUUUAGCUGCUGUCAAUGCAUCGCUGUUUGAUGACGCAGGUGGCGGUGGUGGUGGCGCCACCAAUGGCACCGAUAUCACUGACGAAGGCAAUUGGUUGGAUGAUCUGGGUUUGAUUGUGAAAGCUGCCGCCAUGUUGAUAAUCAUUAUUGCCGCCAUAUUUGGAAAUCUACUUGUUAUUAUUUCUGUGAUGCGUGUUAGGAAAUUAAGAAUCAUAACGAAUUAUUUUGUAGUCUCCUUAGCCAUGGCUGAUAUUAUGGUCGCCAUAAUGGCCAUGACAUUUAACUUUAGUGUACAAGUCACGGGACGCUGGCUUUUCAGUACAUUCCUAUGCGAUUUGUGGAAUAGUUUGGAUGUCUACUUUUCAACUGCAAGCAUAUUGCAUUUAUGCUGUAUAUCAGUCGAUAGAUACUAUGCCAUUGUAAAGCCCUUAAAAUAUCCCAUUAGCAUGACAAAGCGAGUCGUUGGCAUAAUGAUACUCAACACUUGGAUUUCGCCAGCUCUGCUCUCCUUCCUGCCCAUCUUUAUUGGCUGGUAUACCACCGAUUUUCACAAGAACUAUGUGAAAGAGCAUCCCCAUGUGUGUUUGUUCAUUGUCAAUAAACCGUAUUGUGUCAUCUCGAGUUCGAUAUCCUUUUGGAUACCAUGUACGAUAAUGAUUUUCACAUAUUUGGCCAUAUUUCGCGAAGCGAAUCGCCAGGAGAAGCAGAUGAUGAUGCGACAUGGCAAUGCAAUGCUAAUGCAUCGGCAUUCGGCAGUUGCGGGAACCGGAAGUGAAGCUCUAAGCGGUUCUGGUUCCUCGAAACAAUUGACCAUGCAUGAGGUGGAACAGGAUCAUACACCGACUAAAGAUAAACAUUUAAUUAAAAUGAAACGAGAACACAAGGCUGCAAGAACAUUAGGUAUAAUUAUGGGUACAUUCAUACUGUGCUGGCUGCCAUUCUUUUUGUGGUACACAAUUACCACGCUGUGUGAUGUGUGUGAGGUGCCCGACAUUGUGGUGGCCAUUCUCUUCUGGAUUGGCUAUUUCAAUUCCACACUGAAUCCGCUCAUUUACGCUUAUUUCAAUCGUGACUUCCGAGAGGCAUUUCGCAAUACCCUACAGUGUUUGUUCUGCAAUUGGUGGCGAGAUCGUCAUAUGGCCCUCGACAUGGAUAUGCGACGGGGCAGUAUGCGCUAUGACAAUCGGGCGAAGAGUGUCUACUCGGAAAGCUAUUUGAAUGCUAGCCACGCCCAAAGGCGUACCAGCCAAAUAGUCGAUAGUUUAUAA